AUGUUACUCUCAUCGACGUACACGGGAAACACCAAGGAAUCCCUCAUCCAGCACUUCAAUGACAUGGUGAACGCAAAUGCACGUUUGAAGCAGCACAACAUGUCGGUUCCAGAUUCAAUUGUUGCGAUCAGCAUGGUCAACAGCAUUGGACACAAGGAACCAGCAUGGAAAGUACUGCAGCUGCAGGCAUGGGUACUGGAGAAAGAGGCAUCGAAGCUCACUUCGGCAGCAGUCCGUGAUUUCUAUGUGAAUCGCGUGCCUUUCUCUUUGACCAAGGGCAACUCCGUAGUAACGUCAUCCACAAAUGCACUGCUCGCGACAACUCCCGCAUCCACCAAGCCUAAAGGUACAGCAACAAGUGGGAAAGGAUGGAAGAAGCCCGAAUUCCCUACAUGCGAGUUUUGCAGACAUGCGCAUGGUCCAGAUGACUGCUGGAAGAACUCGCACGAGGAGCUCAAGGCGCUGAAGGCAAGGGGUGCACUUACUCAAACAAAUGUUGCUCAAGUGGCGCUGUCCCCAGCACGCACGGUAUUCUUCGCAAACGAAACAACAUUUGUGGGAAACGAUAUUCAGCACGUGCCCUUCUGCCGGCUCAUUGACGCGAAACUCGCAGCAAAUAUUAUCCAUGCAUCUGCAGCGUCGCCAACGUUCAAGGACGCCAUUAAUGUUGAUAGCAGCUGCAAUGUUCACAUGUUGCCUGUUCGCUCUUACUUUGAUGACGAAGGGUUCGAGAUGCUAGUCACCCCAGUUCCAAUCAAGAUUGGGGAUGACUCCUUUGCUUAUGCAUCUCACCGUGGCAACAUCAGUCUUCUCGUACCGCGAAAGGGUCUUCCAUCUACCAUGCCCCAACUUCGCCGCGUCCUAUACUGUUCCACACUCGCAACGACACUCAUUUCGCCGCAACUCCUAAACGACAAUGGUCUCAUCACGGUCCUCAAUAGAGCUGACUCGGCAAUCUACUACAAGAAGGGAAACCUUUUAGUAGCACAUUGUCCACAGUCACCAACUACCAACUUGUACACUCUUGUUGGGACUACGAAAAGUUCCUUCUCUCAUGCAAGUCUUCUCGCCGCCACUCGCACGCUUGACAUUAAUCUGCUCCACAGAAUCAUGGGACAUUUGAACUAUGAUGACAUGCGGCGAGUCGUAGCUAAGCGUAUGACAGAAAAGCAAUACCUUCGAAAGGUUUUGGCAAUGGAGAGCACAGCGGGGAAUACACCUCUGUGGAAUUUGAGAAGUAUCUCAAAGAUGCGGGGCAUCGAGCACCAGACAACCACACCCUAUGCACCUCAGCAAAAUGGAAAGGCAGAGAGAAAGAAUUGCACUUUGCUCACAACUGCAAUUGCCAUGCUAGAGGAAUCUCGACUCUCAAGCGAUUUCUGGGCUGAUGCCUUUGUUCAUGCCAACGACAUCAUCAAUUGUCGGCCACACUCCAAACAAAAGCGCACCCCGUUUGAGGCAUGGCAUGGCUCAAAGCCGCUCAUUGCACACUACAAACCGUUUGGCUGCCCAGCAUUUGUACUGGACCAUCACUCUGCAACAAAGGUUGCUCCUCGCUCGAAGUACUGCCAAUUCCUUGGCAUGAGCGAAACUAGUAAAGGGUACCGACUAUGGUGUCCUGAGGAAAAACGUGUCCUAGUAUCUCGCGAAGUACACUUUGACCUGGUUGCCUCAAAUCCCAUUCCUGCAGUUCUACUGCCGCUCGCCAAUAUCUCAGAUGUUCAUGCCAUCGUGGACGCAACUCUAUCUGAGAAGGCAGCACCCGUCUCUGUCCCUACAGCUGAUACCAUUAGUACUCAGCAGCAGGUCACUCUCACCACUGAGAAGUACGAAGACGAGACAAUUGCCCAACAGCCAGAGGCACAUGCUCCAUCAAACUCAGAGCAUGUACCCGCUUUGGAAGCUCCCUCACAUCCGCCCUCUCCUAUUCCGGAACCAGUGAGACUGCCAUCCCCACCCCGCCGUCGCUGUCGGAACAAAGUGGAAAUGCUGUAUGAAUCCUUCCAGCUCCAUCCAGACAACAUUGGCGCUCUUGCAACAACACUAACAUCUUUGGAGGAGUGGAUGACAGAGCUCCAGGGGGAGUAUCUCAAGGAUUGGACAGACAAGGAGGUAGACUAUUGGGGUAUUGGAAUAUGCCUCUCUGCUCUCUCCGGUCCCGAGGAGCCACCAAAGACCAUCCAACAAGUACUCUCAUUACCUGAGAAGGAAUGGAACCAAUGGCUCCAAGCUAUCUAUGGGGAGCUCGAUUCACUCAUUGAGAAAGGAGUGAUCGAACCAGUUGCCGGCCCUCCCAGCUGGCAAACGUCCUCUCAACAGCUUGCUAGUCAUGAAGGUCACGUACCGUCGAGGGAGCGGUCGAAAACCCAGGGCAUUGACUAUCAGGAAACAUUUGCACCUGUUGUCAAAGCCACCUCGGUGCGCCUGUUGUUUGCACUAUCUGCUCAACUUAGCCUGAAGGUCGACCACCUUGAUGUUGAAACAGCCUUCCUCCAUGGAGAACUAGAAGAAGAGAUCUACAUCCUUCCACCAGCUGGCUGGGACAAGCUCGAGACCAAAAAUCUGGGGUCGCUCUGGAGGCUGCUGAAGUCUCUCUAUGGUCUCAAGCAGGCAUCGCUAGUCUGGAACACACUCCUAGACCGCAUUCUACGUCAAUUCGGCUUCAUCCGACUACAGAGUGAUUUCUGCCUCUAUGUGUAUCGACGCGAGAACGAGGUUGCCAUCCUGGCUGUGUAUGUUGAUGACAUGGCACUUGCCUACAGCUGCCAAUCUAUGGCCAAUGAGAUCAAGGAAUUCCUAUCUGGACACAUUUCUCCAUCAAGGAUCUUGGCCCAGUCACACAACUCCUCAACAUCGAAGUCAUUUAUGACCCUCAACGCUCCGCAUACACACUCUCACAAAAUCAUUACAUUCAACAACUCCUCUCACAAUUUCAAGUUCCAUCUGGUUGCGCUCCAACUCCCAUUGCAGGGGGAGCUAUCUUCUCAGUCAUGGACUGUCCCGCCACCCCUCUUGAUUCACAUCGUUAUCCUUAUCGUCAACUAUAGGUUCUCUCAUGUAUCUUUCCACGUGUACCCGUCCUGA